AUGCGCAUCAUCCCGCAGGGCAGAGCGUUCAUAUCCCGCCUACUGGCGCUCUUAAGUUCCGCCCCGGAACAGGACAGCCCAGUGUGCCUGGACAGUCAAGCCCUAGCGGACCUCCACAUGUGGGACCAUUUCCUUAGCCAGUGGAACGGGGUCUCCUUAUUCGUACCCGAGCUGUCGUGUCAGUCACCUACAGUCUUUUCAGAUGCAGCUGCGGGCUCGGGGUUUGCCGCCAUUUUCGGCACCCACUGGGUGGCAGACGCAUGGCCUGCCGAGGUGGGACAAAUCCCGGGGUUCCUCCAAACCUCGGCGCUGUUCGAGCUGUACCCCAUCGUGGUGGCCGCCCAUAUCUGGGGCAAUCUUUGGGCGCGUCAGUCUGUUCUGUUUGUGACUGACAACACAGCCGUAGUAGACAUUCUUAACAGUGGGCUGUCAAAAUCUAGCCCAGUCAUGUGUUUCCUCAGACGCCAUCCCGAACUAGCAUCAGUGUUCACCAUGCAUGCUGUCAAAGCUGCCCUCAAGGGUUUGAGCAAGUGCGGGCCUCAAAGCCAAGUACGCAGGCAACCGGUCACCGGCCCUCUUUUCCGCAAACUGUCCGACGCCUUGGACGCCUUUUACGGCUUCCUGAGACCUGGGGAGUUCACCUGUUCGCCAGGCAGCAGCAGGUUCCUCACGGUCAGCCAGCUGGUCCAGAACUCCGACGGGUUCAUAUUACUGCUCAAGACGUCUAAGACCUCCCAGUUGGGCCCCCCUGUCCAGAUCUUCAUUUUCUCACUACUUCUAGUCUCCUACUUGAUCACUUUGGCUGGAAACAUUCUCAUAGUUGCUCUAACAUUAAAUUGUCCAAGUCUCCACACUCCCAUGUACUUCUUUGUGUCCAACCUGUCUAUUGUAGAAAUAUGUGUCACUACAACAAUCACACCAAAAUUUCUGUCCAUUGUUGGAUUUGGCAACCGUGCAAUCUCCUAUUGGGGUUGUGUUUUCCAAUGUUAUUUCUAUUUUGUAUUAGCUUCCGUUGAUUUCUUCCUCUUAGCAGUUAUGUCUUUUGAUAGGUAUGUGGCAAUAUGUCAACCUUUACAUUAUGUUACUGUGAUGAACCAUAGAGUAAUCCUGUACCUUGCUGCAGGUUCUUGGUUGUGUGGCUUUGCAGAUACUUUACCAGCUACUAUUCUUACCUUUAACCUACCAUUUUGUGGUUCUAAUGUUAUUCAGCAUUUUUUUUGUGACAUUGAUCCAUUUCUAAAGCUUGUCUGUCAAGACACUAGCCUAAUUGAUCUUCUAAAUCUAAUAGCUUCUUCAUUUACUGUUCUUGGAUCCCUUCUCUGCAUCACAGUGUCAUAUACACUUAUUAUCUUAGCCAUUUGUAAAAUACGGUCAAGUGGGCAGCGAUGGAAGACUUUUUCCACCUGUUCUUCCCACCUUAUCCUUGUUUUAAUAUUCUAUUCAGGCUCUGUUUUCAUGUGUUUGCGUUUCAUUAGUGGAUCUACUGUAGAAUUCAACAAAAUGGCAGUAGUCCUGAACACUAUAAUAACACCAAUGUUGAACCCUUUCAUCUAUACAUUGAGAAACAACCAAGUAAAACAUGCCAUACGAGGAGUUUGUGGAUGGAGCUAG